AUGUCCGACGGACCUUCCAUCAUUCGACCCCGUCCGCGACGGGUGUUUGACCUCGCGCCCCCUUCCACCGAUUCCUCCGAGGCUUCGACGCCGGCGGAACCCUCGAACCCGGACCUCUUGACUCCCAAGGACACCGGAUCGACCAGUGUCAGCCGGAAUGGCUCGAUCAUGAACCUCACAUCCCCAACGCUCUUCGGCAUCUAUUCUCCGACGGCAUUCGAAGGGACCCGGGACGAAUCCAGCCCUUGGGGGACUGAGGCCCAAACGCCCGCCACGGAGAGCCCGAAUCCUCUUCAGCCGAAAUCGGAUGGCCCAGAUCGUUUCGCUCUUCGGCGGACACGGUCGCGACUUAGCCACGGACUGUUUCUCGGCGUCAUUCUUCCUCAAGUGGUGAAAAGUGCACUCCUGUUCGGGUUCGGUAUUGUCUACGGGAUCAUUACAAUUCAUCUACACGAAAACCACUGGAUCACGCCGGUGAAACUCGAGAACACUCAUUACUACGGGUCCGCAGAAUACCUGGCAUUCUGGGGGUUGGCCGGCAUUGCACUGGGAAAUAUUCUGCCAUGGCUUGAUCUGUUCUCGGAGGAAGUGGCAACGGACCCCACCCAUCCCAAGCAGCGAUCGAGUAGCGAUGAGGAUGAUGAGGAGCGUACCCUCUCUUGGGUGGCGGUGGUUCGGAGUGUGGGGGCUUUUGUCGGGAUAGCAUUUGCGAUGCGGAGACUUCCCUGGCAAUCCACCACUCAAGCGUCGGCGACUCUGGCUCUCGUUAAUCCCGUCCUCUGGUAUCUGAUUGACCGAACCAAAACCGGCUUCGUCAUGUCGACGACGGUCGCUCUGGUGGGAAUGGGCGUCGUCUUGGGACUUCGGCCGGACCUGGUGCCUUCCUCCGCCAACGCAUCCGAAUCCGCAAUCCCCGUUCUGAACCACACUCUGCGGGAGUACGGGCUGGCGACAGGCAUCACGCAAGAAAGCAUCGCCGUUCGCACCUGGGUCGCUAGUGUUCUCUUCUGCGCAUGCGUUUGCUUUGGUAACAUCGUGCCGAAAGCGGCGGAGGAACCCCGCGGUGGGACGCAGAUUGCGUUGCUCAUAUCAACUGCCCUUCUGCUGCUCUGCUCUGCUCUGCUCUUGCUGUCUCCAGACAGUCUCCCUCACUUCCUAAGUCCGUCCCAGCCCAGUGUUUCUUUAGCGAUCCUCUCCGUCUACGACAAGACUGGACUGCUUGACCUGGCUAAGGGCCUGGCCAAGCAAAAUGUCCGUCUGCUCGCGUCCGGCGGUACUGCUCGAUUGAUCCGGGAGGCCGGUUUCCCCGUUGAGGAUGUCUCUGCCAUCACCCACGCCCCCGAGAUGCUGGGUGGCCGUGUCAAGACCCUCCACCCUGCCGUGCACGGCGGUAUCCUGGCUCGUGAUAUCGAGUCCGACGAGAAGGAUUUGGCCGAUCAGAACAUUGCCAAGGUGGACUAUGUGGUCUGCAACCUCUACCCCUUCAAGGAGACCGUCAACAAGGUCAACGUUACCAUCGAGGAGGCCGUCGAGGAGAUCGACAUUGGCGGUGUGACCCUCCUUCGUGCUGCGGCCAAGAACCACUCGCGUGUUACCAUCCUCUCUGACCCCGAGGACUACCCCGAGUUCCUCAAGGAGCUGGAGGCCGGAGAGAUCACGGACUCCAGCCGGAAGCUGUAUGCUCUCAAGGCCUUCGAGCACACCGCCGACUACGACUCCGCCAUUUCUGGUUUCUUCCGCAAGCAGUAUGCCGGCAACGGCGAGCAGCAGCUCUCUCUGCGCUACGGCACCAACCCCCACCAGAAGCCUGCCUCCGCCUACAUGUUCCAGGGCAAGCUGCCCUUCAAGGCCCUGAACGGCUCCCCCGGCUAUGUCAACCUGCUGGACGCCCUCAACUCCUGGGCUCUGGUUAAGGAGCUGAAGCAGGCGCUCGGCUACCCUGCCGCGGCCAGCUUCAAACAUGUUUCCCCGGCCGGUGCCGCCGUGGGUGUGCCCCUGAACGAGAAGGAGCGCAAGGUCUACAUGGUUGACGACAUUGCCGGCCUUGAGACCUCGGGUCUGGCUCAGGCUUACGCUCGUGCCCGUGGUGCCGACCGUAUGUCCAGCUUCGGCGAUAUCCUCGCUCUCAGCGACGUCUGUGACGUCCCCACCGCCAAGAUCAUCUCGCGCGAGGUGUCGGACGGUGUUAUCGCCGCCGGGUUUACCCCCGAGGCCCUGGAGAUCCUCUCCAAGAAGAAGGGCGGCAAGUACCUUGUGCUCCAGAUGGAUGAGAACUACGUGCCUGCCGCCGAGGAGACCCGUACCCUGUACGGUGUCCAGCUCACCCAGCACCGCAACGACGUUGUGAUCUCCCCCCAGAAGACCUUCGGCACCGUCAUCACCCCCAAGGACUCGGCCGCUCUCCCCGACUCCGCUCUGCGAGAUCUCACCGUGGCUACCAUCGCCCUGAAGUACACUCAGUCGAACUCGGUCUGUUAUGCGCUCAACGGCCAGGUCGUCGGUCUAGGUGCCGGCCAGCAGAGCCGUAUCCACUGCACCCGCCUGGCUGGUGACAAGACCGACAACUGGUGGAUGCGCUUCCACGACCGCGUGCUGAACAUCAAGUGGAAGCAGGGCACCAAGCGUGCGGACAAGAGCAAUGCCAUCGACUUGCUUUGCUCCGGUCAGACCCCGCGCAGCGACGCCGAGAAGGUCGAAUACGAGCGCGUGUUCGAAGAGGUUCCCGCUCCGUUCACCCUGGAAGAGCGCGAAUCCUGGAUUCAGAAGUUGAGCGAGGUUGCCAUCUCGUCCGAUGCCUUUGUACGUAUUCCUUAUGGACUAGCGGAUAGUCCUUCCUUUUACUUCUUUGCUAAUUGUGAUAUCCAUCAACAGUUCCCCUUCAUCGACAAUGUCUUCCGGGCCGCCCGCUCCGGUGUCAAGUACAUUGCGGCCCCCAGUGGUAGCCAGAACGACGGUCCCGUCUUCGAGACCUCGGAGAAGCUCGGCAUCACUUUCGUCGAGCAGGGCACUCGUCUCUUCCACCACUAA